AUGCAUGUCAACAACGUCAACUUAUUCACAUCACCUGUAGCACAGGUGAUCAUGACAUCUAUGAGAGGAGGUGGCUCUGAUCUCGUGCAGCGGUUGAAUGCAAUUACGGAGGUGGAAAAAUCUAUCGGCAAUUUGUUACGGCAUGCGCAAACAUGCAUAUCGGAAUUGUCAAAAGAGAAACAAAUUAGCAAAGUUUGUAGACUCUCAUCAACUUCAGUCACUAUGGUAGCAAAAUUAAGAAGGUUUAUUAGGAGAUUUUUAGACGAAAAUGGAGGAGUCAUCACAAGCAUUCAAGAAGACGUUAAUGCAGGUUGA